UUUGACCGAUCUGUCUAAUUCACGAUUGUUUGUAUAAUAGGCCAACUGUGUACCGGAAUUUUAUCUGUUUGUGUCUCAAAUUGUUACAAAAUAUAGAUUUUCUGGUUAAUGUCUUCUGAUUCUAAAUUAACCUUUCACGGAUCUCACUAUAAUGGACUCUGGUGAUGAGCAACGCAUCGAUGUUGAUUCUUCGCCGGUUGAAGAACGUUCGUGGCGCGGAGUGCCAAUGGAUGUUAUUUAUCGCGGAUUAGACCGGUACGAGCUACGCCACGUCCCAGAGGUGCGUCCGUCAGAAGAUCACGCUGUGUUGUACAAUUUCCCUGUUGAUCCGUGUGCUGCCGAACCGCCUAAACCUCGUCGUUCCUACAAUAAGUGGGAUGCAAAUCACGUUCGUUUACCUUGCUCGCAUCGAAGCCAGUACCCGGUUGAACAGGACGAUGGUACUAGCACGCUGGAAAGCCGUUGGGAGCUAGUUCAAAAUGCUCUUCUUCAGCCAAUAACGAACAGCCGUCAGCUGGAGAAGGCAAUUUUGUGCUACAAUACCAAGUACGAAAACAUUUGGAAGUUUAAAUCGUUGCACAAACUUUUCGAGGAAGAAUUAGAUGAGGAUGAAAGUGUACGAUUUUUCAAAUGUACCCUACCCAAAAUGAUACAGAUAGCGCUGGCGCUACCGGAACUAGUUAACGGAGCAAUUCCAUUACUGAAGCAAGGAUGUAACGCGUCGAUUUCCCUCAGUCAGCAGCAGGCUGCCAGUUUGCUGGCGAAUGCGUUCUUCUGUACAUUCCCGCGACGGAAUACUCAGAAAAAACGAUCCGAAUACAGUUUGUUUCCGGACAUUAAUUUCAACCGAUUGUUUCAAAGCACUGGGCAAUCCGUGAUUGAGAAGAUCAAAUGCAUCUGCAAUUACUUCCGUCGGGUUUGCGCUCGAAUGCCCACCGGUGUGCUUACGUUCCAGAGGCGAUACAUUAAUCCGAAGCAGUUCAUCGACUGGAACAAUUGUGAUGCCGUUGUGGCCAGAGAAACCGUCCCAGUUCACAUUACAUCCGAGGGUACGAUUGAAGAUCAAGGGAAAGGGCUGCUGCAGGUUGAUUUCGCCAACAAAUACCUGGGUGGUGGCGUUCUCGGUCAUGGUUGCGUACAAGAGGAAAUCCGGUUUGUUAUUAAUCCGGAAUUGUUGGUUGGCAAACUUUUUACGGAAGCCCUAAAACCUCAGGAAGCACUAGUGAUGAUGGGUUCCGAGCAGUACAGUGAGUACAGUGGAUAUGCGUCCAAUUUUACCUUCGCUGGAGACUUUCACGAUGAAACACCACGGGAUGCCAGCGGUCGGCGGGAGUGCUACAUUGUGGCAAUCGAUGCUUUGCAUUUUGUGCAGAGUUCCCACCAGUAUCGGGAGGAAUUGCUUUUGCGAGAAUUGAACAAGGCCUAUGUAGGAUAUUUUCAUCCGCUUUCGACGGCGGCUCCUGGAGUGGCUACCGGGAAUUGGGGCUGCGGAGCUUUCGGUGGAGAUGCGACCCUGAAGGCAGUACUACAGCUGAUGGUGUGCUGCGUGUUGCAUCGUCCAAUGGUUUAUUACACAUUUGGUGACCGAGAACUGAGAGACCAGAUUUACGCAAUGUACGCUUUUCUGGUGGAUAACAAAGUUAAAGUUCGAGAAAUCUGGAGAACUCUACGGGAUUUUAGAAAGCACAGUCUCCCAGCAAGUAAACUCUAUUCCUAUUUCUAUCAAGAUUUCUAUGAUCGGAAAAACAAAAUUUCCUGUUUUGAUAUGAAAAGUUGUACUAAAACUAAAGAAAAGUCUCCGGAACCGAAAACAGCUCACAAAAGCCCUCCCAAUCGUGACCAGAUAGACGACGAAAAUUUGGCAAACCUAAUGAAGGAUCUAGUGGAUGACGACGAUAUUCAGUCAAAUCAAUCUUCAUCAUCUGCCUUAGAAAAUGCAGAUUCCGUUCGACACUCCUUUUCGAUGGAACAGAAAAGUGUCGUGGUAACACCUUCGCCGAAAAAAUCUGGUCGAUUGUCGCUGAUAACCGAAUUAGAUCGGAACUAUUACUCAGUGGGCCCUGGGCCAGCUAAGAAGCUUUGUCCUUCUACUUCACCCCGUCCUCCUCCGACAGCAGAGCAGAAUAAUGAAGAUGACGACGCUACGAGUGGUGCAGAUGAAGUUAGAAUUCAAAUAGAGGAUGAUCAAAUCGAUCACUCGUUGGUUUUGAAAAUAACCGACGAACGAACGGUGGAAGGUGCUAUACAGUUCGAGCAAGAACUGGGUGAGUUCGUGGAGGGAACCCCUCCGAAGGAGACGAGGAGAAGUAUCGGUGGUAACGCUGGAAGCAAAAAAAUAUCUGAUUACUUUUUCAAAGUCGGUAAGUAGACGAGGUUUAUUAUGUUGGAAUAAUACACAAACUGGCUGUUGUUGCAAUCAA